AUGGGCUAUUCACAGCCAGGUGUUAUUGAAUUUUCUGGAUCCGGCUAUUCACAGCCAGGCGCUAUUGAAGCCCUGGGGCGUGUUGUCUCUGGGAGAAUCGACGACUUUGAAACCGGCGGUUCUGGCAGUGGUGAUGGCGAUGUGCUCAUGGAGGAAGUCACAGCAGCAAAAUUUGGGGCUGCGUGCAGUGGUGUUGGUGGUGGUGGUGGUGGUGUUGGUGGUGUGGUGGUGGUGGUGGUGGUGGUGGUGGUGGUGGUGGUGGUGGUGGUGGUGGUGGUGGUGGUGGUGGUGGUGGUGGUGGUGGUGGUGGUGGUGGUGGUGGUGGUGGUGGUGGUGGUGGUGGUGGUGGUGGUGGUGGUGGUGGUGGUGGUGGUGGUGGUGGUGGUGGUGGUGGUGGUGGUGGUGGUGGUGGUGGUGGUGGUGGUGGUGGUGGUGGUGGUGGUGGUGGUGGUGGUGGUGGUGGUGGUGUAA